CAUGAGAACAGUCCCGUUUGCCGAUGCAGUGUGCGCUCACAGAGACUAGGAAGAGAUCACUAGCAGAUUUCCAUAUGUGUGGAUGAAGAGGCACUGUGGCAAUCCGAAGCUGAGAGCUGAGUACUUACUUAUUUUGGCUUGGCAAGUUUGGAUAUACAGAGUAUAAGGCUGAUAACUGUUUGAGAAGAAAAACAACAGAGAAGGCCGGAGAAAUACAACAUAACAGAGGGAGUUCCUGAAGACGAACAGAGGGGAGGAAAACUGUUUCUGAGAAGCCGAGGGGGAGUGGAGAGAGGUAUAUUGACGGAAACAGAGAAACACAGGAGAUAUUCACAGGAGUGAAGGAGAAAGAGAAACAUAAAGGAGAGACGAGACAGAAGAAAAACGUGGCCAAGCAUGAGAGAGGAGGAGCAGUGUAAUGAUGACCACCCUGAGGGAGGGGUGGUUUCCAGCAAGGAGAACACGGGUAGACCACCUUCCAACGCCUGUCCUGUUGUUGUAGCAACACCGGGGGUCACCGGGCGUAAACGGCACACAGGCUCACACAUGGAAGAUCACGUUACAACUCCUACUACAUCAGCACACGACAGCAAGGUCAAUCCAGGAGAGGAUACCCAAAUCUACACCUUAAACGGACCUAAAAGACUCAAGAGGAGCCCUCAACAUCGGCCGCCUUCUUCGGGACCUUCACUUUCUCCCAGCUCUGGUCCUAGUCCUGGAGAUCUCUCGGCCCUUGAGGACCCCCACGGCCAGCGGGUGAUUGCCAACAUCCGGGAGCGCCAGCGGACGCAAUCUCUGAACGAAGCCUUUGCUUCCUUGCGUAAGAUCAUCCCAACGCUGCCAUCAGACAAACUGAGUAAGAUCCAGACCCUAAAGUUAGCGUCACGCUACAUUGACUUUCUGUACCAGGUUCUGCAGAAUGACGAGAUGGACACUAAGCUGACUGGAUGUAACUACCUGGCCCAUGAGAGACUGAGCUACGCCUUCUCUGUUUGGAGAAUGGAGGGGGCCUGGUCCACCAUGUCUGCUGGUCACUAGCAAGGCCUGAGGGCAAGGUUUGUCUUUUGACAGUUGCCCUGAAAUUAAUUCCUCGACAGGGAAAUACUUGACACAGAGGGCUGAGGAGACUCACCAGCAGACUAUUUAACAACUUGACUUAGAUCAUCUGUUUGCCUCAAAGAUAACUGAAGACCAUCUGACACUUGAGCGCUUGUGCGGAGCCAAUUUUUAAGCCACUAUCUCUUCAUGAAGUUUUCAUUGUUGUCAAGCUACACACCAGAUGGAUUCAUGUAGUUCUAUUGUUUUGCUUGCCAAAAGCAGCUAUUACUGCUCAAGUGUGCCAAUGCUAGUGUUCAAGAAUAGAAUCACAACAGGGACAUUGUGUUCACUGUAUGAUUCCAAGCUUUUUAAAAGAUUUUUGUACUCUGUUUACAUAGAUCUCAAUGGAGAACAGGACAAAUAAAAUCAUCUGGACAUCAUUUAACAUUCAUUCAAUUUAAUGGCCUGAUGGUUAAGGACGACCUGUGCUCAGUUUUGCCUCAGCAUGACAACACAGCUCAUACAGCUAAAGUCCUCUGACCCCUUGACUUCCUCGGGUUCUGAAGCUUGAUCUCGAGUUUCACAUUAUCAUCACCCUUGAUAUUAUCAACAUAACAGCCAUCUUCAUCAUGAUCAUCAUUACUAUUGUCAUCGUCUGGGUAUGCAUACUUUGAGCCACAUUUGAACUUCAUGUUUUUAACUUUUUUUCUGCCUCAGGCUAGCAAGUGUAUAAUGUUUUGUAUAAUAUAUAGACAGUAACAACUAGAGAAUGCAGAGGAGAGAUUCAAGGAAACUGGAAAGACAAAAUUGGAUGUUUAAAGAGACAUUGGACCUUUGACUUUUCCGUACCCUUUCAACUCCUAUUUUCCGAGACUGACAUCUCAUGACCACCUCUGAACUCAGGCGACGGUGGAAAAAGUAGCCGUCGCCGCGACUUAACUUUCUCCUCUUUAUACCCAAACCGAGCCCCUUUUGUUUCUUCUAGCGCCAAAAAAACUCUCCUCCUGAAAUUCUUUCCUCUCAUUCUGCCCCCAAAUUUGCUUGCGCUGCACAAAACCGUGAUGCAGCUACAGCGAGCUGACGAGGAGGCGUAAUGAAAACAAACGGUCUCUAAAAGCCAUGAAUCAUGUGUGUCACCAUCAAAGGGGAGGCUGAUGUGGCUCCCUGCUGGGCUCCCAUAAACCACUGGAAGUGAUGGAGGAGCUGCUGAAUAAAGUGACUGUGAUCUUCCCUGUACAUCUCUGCUCCAUGCUACCAUUCUAAUUAUAUGGACUUAAAUACAAAUGGAACCUUUUAAGUUGCCUCACUUUUGGAGAAAAAGAGUGAUUUCAGAAUAUUAAAAGGCAUCUUGAAAAGGACUUACAUGAGGAAAGAGGACAUUUCUGGACCAACUAAAACAACAAUGAGAAAAGAACAGUAUAGGUCAAGUUGAAAAGGUUUUUUUGUUGUUGUUGUUUUAUACUAUUUUUCCCUGGGUAUGAUUAUAAAGAAACGUAUAUAAUAGCUGUCACUGUUAAAAAGUCAACCUGCAGAUAAAGCAGGACCUCAGUGUUGGACAUUGAUUAUUGUGUUUCUCUCUUGUGCAACAGUUUACACGCUUUGUUUUUUUUUACUUGAUAUUGUGGUGCUUUACAAAAACAAGUGACACUGAUACAGUGUGACUGAUUAUAAAUAUCACAAGCAGAAAAAAAAGUCCCUGGAGAAUUAGG